CAGCCAGGGUGGUAGUAACUGUGCACGCGCGAAGAAAAAGCUAUAGUGAAUAAGUUCUGUGUGAAGUUGUUGGUGUUGUGUUGUGUAUGGUGUUCCAAAUAUCUCAAUUUUUUUGGAAAUGGCGUUGGAAUUAAGACUUCAUAGCCCUGCUGGAGCAGAAGCCGUUGUUUAUCAGUGGCCACUUUCCUCAGGAACGGGCUCUGAUAAACAUGACGGUGCGCUUGAGAUAGUGGAAACCAUAAGAUGGGUGUGCGAAGACCUGCCAGAGCUGAAACUACCUCUUGAAAACAACAUUUUGUGUGAUUACGACACCCGCAGUUACGAAAGCAUGAAGAACCUCUGUGACAGGUACAAUAGAGCGAUAGACAGCAUCGUGCAACUGGAAAAAGGUACAUCACUGCCAGCACAGCGAUUAAACAAGCAUCCGUCCCGAGGUCUCCUGAGGCACAUAUUACAGCAAGUGUAUAACCAAGCUGUCACUGAUCCAGAGAAGCUAAACCAGUAUGAACCUUUCUCACCAGAGGUUUAUGGUGAAACAUCGUAUGAUCUUGUAUGCCAAAUGAUUGACCAAAUAGAAAUCACAAAGGAUGAUGUAUUUGUUGACCUGGGAUCAGGAGUUGGUCAAGUGGUUUUGCAGAUGGCAGCAGCAACACCUUGCAAAAUAUGUUUUGGCGUUGAAAGAGCUGAAAUUCCAUCGAUGUAUGCCGAGGCUAUGAACGUACACUUCCGUAAAUGGAUGCGUUGGUAUGGGAAGAAAUAUGGAGAGUAUCGCCUUAUAAAAGGAGAUUUCCUGAAUGACGAACAUCGUGAAAAGAUUAUCAGUGCAACCAUUGUGUUUGUCAACAACUUUGCAUUUGGACCAACAGUAGAUCACAUGUUAAAAGAACGGUUUGCAGAUCUGAAAGAUGGAGCCCGAAUAGUGUCAUCGAAAUCAUUUUGUCCUCUGAACUUCCGCAUAACUGAUAGGAAUCUAAGUGAUAUAGGAACGAUAAUGCACGUGUCAGAAAUGACUCCCCUCCGUGGAUCUGUUUCGUGGACCAACAAACCUGUUUCAUACUAUUUACACAUAAUAGACAGAGCAAAGCUUGAGCGCUAUUUCCAAGGGUUGAAGAAUCCAAAAUUAAAAGGUGGAGGUACGGCAGCAGGCGGUGAAGAAGAGAACACACCACCUCGUACGUCGAGAGAUCGUGCGAGGCGUGAUCUCAGUAAACAGCUGAAUCUGGACACCAGUUCCAACAGCUCUCGUGACAGUGACGACAGUUCUGCACUGGUAACAAGUCGUGUGGUCACUGGACCAACAACUAGGCGUGCAUGGAGUGACUGGUGUAGCAGUAAGGGCAAGAGUAGUCAGAGUGAGGAGGAAAACAACAACAGCAGUAGCAACAAUGGUAAAGCAAAGGCUCGGCAUCCCAAAAAGUUGAGAAGAAAACUCACACGAGUUGGAAAGCAGCAGCCGCCACCACCACAGCAGAUAGUAAAUAUUCCGCCUCCGAGAGCCCAGACGAAACGAGGAGCUAGAGGCCGGGUGAAGAAAGGGAAAUCCAAGAAGGCAAUAAAAAUAAAUGGGCUCGACUUGUUACACAGUCAGACAUUACUCAGUACGUCACCACAGGCUAUUGGCAAGAAAUUGCCCCCAGCUCCAGGUUGUGUGGAUCAACAGCUCACCAGUCUUUCCUUGAACACAAGCAGUGUUCAUGAAGAGCUUGACAUUCCCCCAGCGCCUGCUGAGACACCUUACGCUCUCCAAAUUCUUUUGGACCUCUAUCGUGCCCAGUUCCUGCAGAUGGUGGACAUGAUGAAGAAUCCUGCUUUCCGUGAUAGUGUUGAACUUCAAAUUGAAACUGAAAAGGAACGUAACUUAAAGUUAAUGAGCAGAGCUGCCCAAUUGGAAAAACAGAUCAAGGUUUUGAUAGACGAUAGUGUGGCGCUGCUGAAAGCACGAAUGUGUGAGCUCGGCAUAAAUGCCAGUUCCCCGGGGGACCUGCUUGCCAAGGCAAAGGAAAUUGUCCUGAGGCACAAAGAGCUGCAGGCAAAGGCAUCCAAACUUCAGGCACAGGUUUCGUCAUUGGAACAAGACCAAGCAAAGUACAUGAGCAUGAGACAGCAAGAAAUACUGGAAAAGUAUCGUAAAGCUGGAAUAAUAAAUGGUGCUAAUCAAGGAAGUAUAGAUAUAUCUGUAUUAACACAGGAUUAUAUAUUAAAGGAAAUUUCCGCAACACUGACACACAGGAAGAAGCUACGCACAAAAGUAUCGAGAUUAGAAACGGAACUGACAGCUCUUCAAAAAGUGAGUGAAGACAGGAAACCUCAGCUGAGUCAGUUCUCAUCAGGCUCGAGAAUUCAAAACGGUACAGGUGUGUAUGAUGGUGCGAGCCCUGUGGCAGAUGGCACUGCCUCACCCCGCCACUCGCUGCAAGCGACGGCCGGCUUGUCUGCUCACCACAGUCAUUCUCCUGUGGCAAAAGCUCAGAGAAAGUCGAGAGAGAAUCGUUCCCGCUCUCAAGAUUGGCCAGAUGUUCCAGAUAUCGGAAAGAUUGAAGAAAAUAACCCCGAGAUACUGGCUCAGAAGAUUUUGGAAACUGGAAGGCAGAUAGAGGCUGGAAAGAUCAGAGAAGUGCCGAAAUUUAACGGAAGUCACAUUCCCUCCUUACCCCAACCAGAAACGGGAACCUCAAAUGGCGAUUUAACUCGUGCUGUAAACAGGUUCAGAGAAUACGGUGGCACUCAUGGCUAUUCUAAACAAGAAUCCCAGGUGGCGACCUCCAGAGGACAGCAGCGCAGCUGUGCGGUGCCGACAGACACGAAGCCGGCUAAGCAACCGAGGCCUCAGAGUCGUCCCGAGCCGACAGGAGUUUCUGGCGGCCGCGGGCAGGAGCCCCCGAGGGUUGCAAAUUUCGAAGACAGGCUGAAGAGUAUCAUCACCAGUGUUCUGAAUGAGGACCAGCAAAAUAGACAGCAGCAAACUUCCCACAACCUGCAAGUACCUGCUCCUCCACCUCCGAGUGGUUACUCGCAUAUAACUAACGUGACAAAUACAGUCGUGAAUACGUUUGGCACAAGUGGAAGUUUCUGUCCGAGUGGAAACACGAGCUCACAGGCACUCGCUUGCGGUAUCGUGAAUAGUGAGACCGGAAAGGUUAACCGUGAUUUCAAGAAAGGUAGCUACGAAGGGGAGAGACAGUUCCGUAGGGAGUCUCGAGAAAAGUGUGGUAACCCCGGUGGUGCUCAUCCGAGAAACGUCGCUGCUCUCCAGCAGCCCGACUACACCCAGGUGUCUCCUGCAAAACUGGCACUGCGGCGACAUUUGUCCCAGGAGAAGCUAGCUGCUGCUUCUGCUCAACAGAUACAGUCCCUGGGAAGUGGUGAGAAAGGGUUUGUAGCCACCAGAACCAUUGGUGACCUCGUUAAUGGCGAAAUUGAAAGGACGUUAGAAAUAUCUAACCAGAGCAUUAUAAAUGCCGCUGUAGACAUGAGCUCUAUGGUCGUCGGCACGGCGUCUUCUGCAACGGUGGUGAAUCAGAAUAUACCAAGGCCAGAGAGAGUGAAUGUGAGAGUGACACGUGUCGUGGAAGAAAAUGUUGUUAGAAGAGACGAAGACAGAGUUAGCACAUGUGCCAACAGCUCCGGAAGCGUAUCACCCCCUCGGCGCACGCCAGUCUAUUCACCCAUAUCGAGACCUAGCAGUGCCGAAGGUGGUAUUACCGUUCCUGGAAAUCCGCCAACACCUGUGGGUAAUCUGCAGCAACGGGCGCCGUCCUUGGAGGGUCUGGCGUAUCCUCAGCACAGACCAAAGUCACCCUUAAAUCGACACCCACACCACGGCCUCGCGACACUGGCUCACGUCGCGUACGACCGUGUGAAUAGUGGCUAUGCAUCGCAACCAACCUCCGUAGUGCCCCGUAGCUUUUCUCCGAGAACGACUGUCCUCUAUCCACUGCCGUCAUCUGGUUAUCCCCAGAGAUCUGCUCCUCACACUGUGUCUUCUGCUUCAUGUCGGUAUGCCACAUCUUGCACUGAAGCUAGCUUCUCCCCGGUCCAGCUACCUAGAGCUGACAUUAAACCGUACCACGAGUCAUACUUCAGUGACACGAAACCGCCCAUCAUUGUGAGUGCAGCACUGGCUCAACAAGACCACAAGCCACCUGUGUCAAUGCAGUCUGAAGAGGCAGCUACGCCAAAACCGCACUACUCUGGGAGUGUCGACGAUGGCUCAUUUGCUCCUGUCGAGGGCCUGGCAGCCACACUACGUGCGAGGAUACUUGGCGACAGAGAAACUGCUACACCCGAACACGUGCGGCGUCCCGAUUCCUUGAGUGUCAAGAUAGAGGUGGAGGAUUCCGGUAAAAGAUCGGAUUGUAUGAUGUAUGAAAACAGGCAGCAAGUUCGAGUAGAUGCAUUGAAACCUGAACACGAAUACGAGCAGGAGAAUGAGUUGGAAGAGCAGAGGAUUAGUGAUCCGAGGUAUGUAACAACCUUAAGUUCUGAUGAGGCGAAGAAGAUGAGAGUGCCUCACUCAAGUACAGCACAGUCGAAUACAGCGAUAAUACAGAAUGUUGCUUCCACUGUGGAAGUGAAAACUGAAGUAGUUGAGGGAUCGACAAAGCCUCUGUCUGAAACUGAGGAGAGUUUUUUAAAAUCGGGCAACAUGAACAGCCAAUAUCACAGUAACAAACGUGCUUCACCUGUUAUCCAGGGGCCUGUGCGGCAUCACAAGAAACAACACUUAUGUACUAACUCUGAAAUACCUGCAGAAGGGGACAGUGGCAUCUCCUCAGUGUCAAGUAUCGGGCCGACUUUGGCAAUUAAUGCUGCCUCGUCUCCUGAACUGAAUUCGGGCAUGUCUACACCCUCUACUCCUUCGACAUCUGCAGCAGGAGAACAAGGCUCGGAGAGAAGUAGCAGCAGAUUGAUAGAGGAGCGUGACGAAGAAAUGGACGAAGAGGAGGCUGAUGGUAGGAAAGUGGACAAAUGGCAGGACAAAAUAAGCAGCGGUUUCGACAGAUUGAUGUCUUUUGCCUCGACAGAAUUAGACAAACGCCGCCGAAGUACAGAAGGAUCUUCACCACGUGCCGGAGAUGUAGCCGCCAGCUGUAACACCAGUCCAGACAGUGGAAUCGGACAUGGCGAUCCUCCUCAGUUACCUUCGACUCUUCCGAACACUUCGACAAAAAAGCGCUCUCUCGAAGUUGGAGGAUCGAGUCCAGGUCCAAAGAUGCCACGGCUGUUUAAAACGCCGACCUCAAAACCUUCACCAGAUCGAGCUGGGAGGGAUUCUCCACCUGUAUUGGAACCACCUCUUGUAGAGGACACAGCUGGUCCUCCACGGACACCGUCACCAUCUUCUGCUGAUGAACCUCCGCCUGUAUCUACGGGACCUUCCUUCAGUCCUGCCCCCCUAGACGGUCCUUACAGUCCAGUGUCCGUAACGAGUGUUCCUCUAACUAAUGGGGAAUCCUGCAGCCCACCUCCAGCUCUGCCACCUUCUGUCCCAAUCAGGUACCAUCGCUCGGAACACGGUGAUCACAAGUCUAGAACAGACCACCAUUUCAAGAAAAAAUUCUUCCACAGAGAGAACUGGACUUCCAGCAAUCACUGGCAACAUAAUGCUCCUCCAGCAGGACACCACAGCCACCACCACAAAGGGAAAUUCAGACCCAAAGGGAAAGAUUGGGAGUGGCACGGGACUAAAGGACACCAAAUGUCAGGAGGCAUAACCCCAGAUUUCUCCAUCCCACCACCACACCUCGUUAAUACCUCCUUACCUCCACCCUACCAUCCGCAUCACAGACACAGCUCCAGGUAUCGCGGUCAUCAAUCCUGGGAGCGAUACGGAGGCUCCCACGAUGGAGCUGGCCCCGAUUCGUCAAUUGACCCAGGUUCAUCACACCAUCUUACGUGAAGCGGGUUAUCGUUGUUUUGUGCCAGUCAGCCAAGUCACUGCCAACUGUGUACUGCCACUCUAAACUAUUUGUUGUAUAGUGAUUUAUACGUCGAAUGUAUUCUUUGUCCUGUACAAGCAAGUAAUCCUCAUAUUUCUUGCUCAAAACUUGAGUACCAGAGCAUGUAAUAUUCUGCAUAACUGUUGGUUUUGUUAACUGCCUUUUAAUUUUGUUAAGCCAGUUUUAAGAAUUUUGUGAUCACAGUAUUUGUUAUUGACUCAGUGUUCGUAAUUACUUUAUCCAAAUAAUCUGGGUGGAGCAACUAAUUAUGUUAUAUAAUACGUCAGUGUUCAGCAGUAUUUUUACUGCUCUGGUUAAAAGUUGACUGUGUGCUUCCACACAUUUUAUUGACUGCCACAUCAUUAUUUAUUAAACAUUUGAAGAAUGAAGACCUAAUUCUGUAAGAUGAUGGACUUCAUAACAAAUAAUGUUAAGUUUUUGUUCUGUUGUGUAUAAGGGCACUGACUUUUAAAGUGAAAAUUCUUUAAUUUAAAAGGAUGCUUGUGUGGUUUUAGAUUUAAUAAGUUGUAUAGUAGAUAGAAAUGUUAGCAGGGCAAAUGAUUUUUUUGUUCAGUGGUAAAGACAGAACUGUGCCCUGGAGGGUAUGUAGAAUAUAGUUGUAAUAUAUGUCAAUUUAUUUCCCAUUCCUAAGUGUUUGAUAUGUUAUAAUGUGAUAUUGUUAUAUUUCAUUUUUAUGUACAAUAACGUAAUUUUGAAAGUUUUAAAUUUAAUGUCUGUGUGCCUGUGAUGAACAUGGAAGUUAUUUUUUAACAAACUGUGGUUGUUAACAUAAGAUGACCAAACAAAAUGAGACAUUGGUGAGUCUGUGAAUGGAGUGAUAAAUAUAUAUGUAUAUAUUAUAUAUAUAUUUAAGAGAAAUUGCUUUUCUUUGACAAAUUGCAGUGAGCUAAUUUAUUGAUAAGUGAUCAGAUAAAAUAAGAUGCCCUGAUAAUGCAUUGUUAAAAAUCACUGCCAUUUUAUGCCCAUUUUAAUAGCUAGGCACUGCCACAUGAUUGUGUUCAAGUGAAGACAGAGUGAUCUCGUUUGAUAGAGACAGUGUAUGUACACUUUUUCUGUGCAUGGUUGUUCAUUUUUAAAUACAUAUAAAUUGUAGAUAAUGGUUCCUUUUCAUUGUUUUAUAAUACUUACGUAGUAUCAACCAGUUUAUAGCUACAAUAAACCAAAAAUUUUUAAGAUAAUGGUAGGCUCAGUAAAGUAUAAGUGCAAAAUAAAAUUAAGAAGCUUGUUCAUUUCUGGUACAUAAUUUUUGGAAAUAUUCUCCAGUGUGUCAAUAAUAUUUAUAAUAUUUGAAGUUUUAUUCUUUUGUGUUGUAAAUAAGUAUUUUAACAUAAAUAACUUUAAAAAGCUAUUUAAAAAAUAGCAGAGGAAGUUUGAAAAAGUACCCCAUUCCACCGAUGAAACAAAAAAAAUUAAUCCCUAUUUGUCUGCCUGUAUUUUCAUUUGUUUUAUAUCUUUAUAAGCACUCAUUAAUUUAUAUGUGUGUUCACUUUGUACAUGCAGUUAUUUUCAUUGUGUAUUUUACAUUUCUGUUCAUUGCUUUGUUGCAUGACAGCAAGCAAAUCAAGUGUAUUAAUGUUGUUUCAAAGUUUGGUUUUGUAGAUAGCAGUAGCUUACAUAAGCUUGUACACAUAAUAUGAUGCCGAAUGUUCAAUAAACUGUUUUAUUAAUGUACUGAAUGAAAUUAAAUGAGAGUUUAAUAACCUUCCAUUUGAUGUUUCCUUUUAGGAAAUGUAGUCAUAAUAUUUUCAAUGUGUUUUUUAAACCGGUUCAUGUUUGUAAGAAU